CCGACAACAUCAAUUUGGCUCGGAUACUUAUUAGCUGCUAUAAUCUCACUUCAACAACUCUUGGAAUGGCUUUUGUUUCCUCCAUCUUUCGGUGCAUUGUUCUUCUUCUUAUGCUGCUUGGUUUUGGUGUUCAUUGUGAUGAAGUCGGACUCGGCAAGCAUGUGUUGGAUGACGGGAAAAUUGUUGAGCUCAAGGACCUUACGAAGAUUGCCAAAGACGACACGGAUCUUGAACGAUACAGGAAGCUGCCGGGAGCGUGUGAUGUUACCAUGGACGAUGGAAAUAUCAUUCUUUCGUACACCAAAAACUCCAAAACGACUGAGUCUGGCUGCUCUGUAGAUUUGGUCACAAAGAAUAAAGGUCAAGUCUUAUUGGAAUUUGUUAUCUCGAAUCCUGUCAGUCUGACCGAAUGUAUCAUGAAAGGAGAUGAUCGAAUUGAGAAUUUGAUAUUGUUUUCCUUCAGCAUGAAGCGAGAUGAAUUCGAAAAGCUCAAAGAGGGUCCUAGCUUGGGUGAUAACAGCGAUUGUAGCGAUGAGAAGGCUUGCGAAGGUCGUUGCUGGAACUCAACAGCCUUCUACUUUGUUAGAUGGGCGGUAGAUAAAAAGGAUGAAUAUUAUGCCGCUCUCCAUCCAGUUCUUGAUACGCGUGGUGACGGUAGGAACAUAAAAUUCGAUGGGAUGAAUAAAGCGUCGUCUAAGAUUAUGUUUCGACAGAACCAAUUUCGGUUUCUAGGAGCAAAAAGUGAAUCAUUUCUUACUUUUUCCCCCAAUUGCUACAAGAUGGAAAAACUUGGAAAGGUUGAAGAAUGGAAGAUUGAAGACGAAAAUUACAAAGGCGACCAAAACUUCAAUCAUCUCUUUACUUUCAACAUUAUGCCGCCAAAACCGAUUCAAGCCCUUUUGUGUAAGAACAAUCUAACAAAACCAGGCUGUGAAAAGGAUUCACAUAUGCAAAAAUGUGACAAAAUAUCCAUCAUAUUUACUACAACGACUACGGAGGAAGAAGAGACGUCAGAUUAUGAUGAGACCACAGAAGUUACGAGUAAUUCAAAAACUACUGUCGCCGCUUCAGGACUGGGAACGAUCGCUAUUGUUUUAAUCACUUUUGGCAUUCUGUUAUGUGUUACAAUAGUCAUCGGCAUUUUACUGUGGUUCUUUGUGUGCCGUGGCAAGAAUAAAAAGGAAAACGAGCCAAAUGAAGAAGAAUAUCCACCUCCUCCAACCACUACAACAACAACAACUAAAGAAAACUCGACUAUUGAAGGGAAGAAAGAUUCUUCUACCGUUGUUGGAACUCAAUACGAUGAGGACUUGAAUGAAGUAGGCACUGUUAUGGGUACUCAAAUUGGACCAGGCGACGUUUCUAAGUUGGACGUUGAUGGCUUUAGUGCAAAAGCUGGCAAAGUUCCGGAUACUUUGCGAAGUACAAAUACUGUUAAGGAUGAUCCAAAUGUUGUCAAUUCAAGAACUGGCGUUGCAGUUCCUGAAAGUAUCUAUGGAUAG